AGAGAGAGAGAGAGAUGAGAGAGAGACGGGAGAGAGAGACCGGGGAGAGAGCGACAGACAGACCGGGGAGAGAGCGACAGACAGACCGGAGAGAGAGCGACAGACAGCCAGACAGACAGCAUGGAGGCCAUCUGGCUGUACCAGUUCCGGUUGAUCGUGAUCGGGGACUCCACGGUGGGGAAGUCGUGUCUGAUCCGCCGCUUCACGGAGGGUCGCUUCGCCCAGGUCUCAGACCCCACGGUCGGCGUGGACUUCUUCUCCCGCCUGGUGGAGAUCGAGCCGGGCAAGAGGAUCAAGCUGCAGAUCUGGGACACCGCGGGGCAGGAGCGAUUCAGGUCCAUCACCAGGGCGUAUUACCGUAACUCUGUGGGCGGGCUCCUCCUAUUCGACAUCACAAACCGUCGCUCCUUCCAGAACGUCCAUGAUUGGCUGGAGGAAGCUCGCAGCCACGUCCAGCCGCACAACAUCGUCUUCCUAUUGGUCGGCCACAAGUGUGACCUGGAGGCACAGCGCCAGGUAACUCGGCAGGAAGCAGAGAAGCUGGCGGGGGCGUACGGGAUGCGCUACGUCGAGACGUCGGCCCGUGACGCCAUCAACGUGGAGCACGCCUUCACCGAGCUGACCAGAGACAUCUUCGCUCUGGUGCGGACCGGAGACAUCACGAUCCAGGAGGGAUGGGAGGGCGUGAAGAGUGGGUUCGUCCCCAAUGUGGUUCACUCCUCGGAGGAAGUGACCAAGAGCGACCGCCGCUGUCUGUGUUGAUAUGGCAAGAGUUUUGGGAACUGAAGAUGAAAAGAGGGAAGGGAUCCAGGAAGGAUUCAGAGGAGAGUGGGCUGAGAUGUCAGCCCUCUUGACUUUAACCCUCUGUGGUUCAGACUGGAUACGAAAGGAGAGGUUUGAGGACUUUUAAUAAAAGGUAAAAACCAGACAAGAACACCUUGAACGUGGGUGGACACAAAAGGGUUGUGCCCAUAUCUGUUUUAUUUCCCAGAGAGGAAGGAUAACAGAUGCUCAUUUACUCACGAGGGCUCAAAUUAUUUGUUUUGGUUUGGGCAUUUUGCUUGAAAAUCUCACCCUUAGCAUCUUAGAAAGGCCUUAGGAAGAGGAUCCAUUUGGGUUUUUCGCCAAAAUCAAUGAGACUAAUCUUUCUUUCACAUUCACCUCGCCUUCCACUAAUCUCUCCUCCAAUAUGCAAUUACAUGAUCACUUAGGAAAUGAUCACUUUACGUUGGGGUGCAACAUCCUCAGAGCACAUAUUAUUUUAAAAAAGUCAAGUGGGCACCCUUAGAUCCCUCGUUAACAAGAGUCUUGUUUAUCUUGUGCUGACAUUUUGCUCCACAUUCCACUAUCAGGGGUCAAUGGAGGAGUCCUGGAGGGCCUGCGUUUAAUGAGGGAUUUCCUUUCCUGGAGCUGGGAACACUAUUUCAGCAAUUAAGGCAUCCUGUGAGCUCAAUGACAUUGACUUCAUGGUAAUAUCCAGUAUCAUUCUGCUAAAUACCGCACUAUAAUAAAACGUUGUCAUCCAUCCAGUUCCUAAUGGACUCCUUUAGCAGGUUAAGACAACGUGUACAGCUAAACGGACCGAGGUGGACUAACUUACGACACCUCAUUGUAUGCCUUGAACUGGGGAAUUGUUAAGAUUGACUAAUAGGAGUGUUGGAGCCAGAAAGCACUUUAACAGCCAAGUUUAACUUAACUGUGGAGCCUCGUUUGGGACUACAGACGAACACAGAGAUAAUGUAUUCCUUGAAAGCAAAGAGACGGACCAGACCAUGGACUCCAAACAACAAGGGCCACAAUAUCCACAAUGCACGCAUACAGGCAAUAUAAUCAUGCAAAGAAUGUCCAAUUGGCGGGCGUUAAAUCAACCCAACACAGAUACAGGCAGACGGAAAAUUACAAGGUUAAACUUUGUCCUGAUUCAGUGGUUUACAUGCCUUUAUGUUUGUGCGCAAGUCAAUAUCACAAACAUUUAUUUUCAUUUUUAAAAUACUUAAAUGCAGCAGGUUGAUGGUUCAUGGUUACUUGGGAUUUUGAUUUGCCUAUCCUUGCUAUGAUGUCUGUUCUAUUUCUUUCUUUCUUUUUGAAAUCCAUUUAUCCACUGUCUUUCCCCCUGCAGCUCAUAAUUACAGUUACAUUUUCCCACACUGUAUGCCUUCUUUUUACACGUCUCCAAAGCCUUCUGCUUUAUAUUUUUACAUGAAUGUAUCAGCAGGGGAAAAGGCGAGGUUUUUACACAAAGAAAUGUGUGAACGAGUCAAUGCAAAACACUUGGAGAAAAGCGCCGCGCAAUAUCUUAGAGUGAAAUACUUCCAGACAUAAGAAAAAUGUAAUUCAAGUAAUGAUCUUUAAAUUCAUUCCAGAAAUAAUAACACAUAAAAGAUUUGUGUUUUUGACAUUGAAUAUUGUUUUUUCCUUAUAAACAGUUUGCUGUAUUAUCACCAGUACUGAAUACUUAAAUACUUUUAUCCACAACCACCCACUCGUUUAAAAUACCUGCAAUAAAAUACUCUUGUGUCCUCUAUACAUCUCUAACAAAUAUUGUGUUAUCCUUAUUAAUUUGUUUCCCAGUCAAUAAUGAUGUUUGCCUUCUCAUAUAAUAUUGUUUUGGGUUCUCAUUUCAUUUAUGAGUCUUUAAAUUAACAGUCAUAAUGCAAAGAAAAGUGCAAGCUGAAAAUUAAUAGAUCAACACAAAAAAUAAUUAAUUAUUAAUGCAAAUAUUAAGGUGAGGUGAAGAAAUGCUUGAUUGAGUUACAUUUCCUAAUCCGUCUCAUGUUUCAUGCCAGAUUGUAAUAUCAGACUCCAUGACGUAACAAUGUAUUUUUAACUGUUGUUGAAAACAUUGAAAUCUUGUCGAUUCUGAAAGAUUAAAUGUUUUUGGCUUUUUCUCUUGGUUCACUGUUAAACGAUUGUAAUUAACACAUCUUAAGUGACAGAUUUGAAUUAUUUCUUGCUGUCAUACUGUCUAUUUUGUGACAUAUUGACUGGAUAAAGGAAGAGAACAGAGAGAAGUCAGGUUAACCCCAGACAGCUGAUUCUAGUAAAACCCAAUUCGAUCAGUGUGUGAAACAUUGAGCCAGCAAUUAAACGCUUAAAGACCUCCUUUAAUUGAGAGGCCUCUUCUCUCCCAGAAGCUGCUAACUGUCUGCAAGAGGCUGUUAAUGUUUUGGCCUCACAUGACACAAAUACAGUAUGUUUCCUUUCAGUAAAUCACAUGAGGUUUCUGAACUUGAAAGCAGCACUCGUUUCCAGAGGAACUAACUGCACAGGGUGACUUACUGGCACUGCACUGUUCUCAAGAAGGAUCUAACUGAGGCUUUCAUACACAGAAUACAUAUUACUGCCUAAUUUACUGAACAUGUCAAGUUAACAGGUCUUUAUCAACACACACACAAGCUGAAAAUAGGGUGCUGCUGUAACUCUAGUCAAAUGUAUGUAGAGAUUCAGAUUGAAAGUCUCAUAAGGAUUUAGCAUUUAUUAUUUUGUUUAAUCUGUACAACAAAACAAGAUGUAAAAAUGGCAUAUCUUACUUUUGAAGGGGAAUUAUGUGCUGGAAUAUUAAAUGAAGUCUUGUCAUAGGUAGAGAGUUUCAGAUUUUGGACAGAAAAUCGCAGUUUACCCGUUUCCAGUCGUCAUGCUAAACUAAGCUAACAAGCUGCUAGCUGUAGCUUUAUUUGUAUCACACACAGUUAGCCCCAAGUUGAGUCCAUCAUGAAAUAUUGUUAGAUUUCAUUUAAAAGGCUUAGCUAGGGUUAUUUAUGUGACUUAAGUUUAUGUUAUCUGUAAUGCGUGGGGCACAAACUGGGGCUAAUUUGUGUUGAAAAUUAAGCUAACACUAUCAGACAGCUAGCCUAGCAAUACAAGUGAAAACAGGGUAAAACGGCGAGUUUCACUCAUCCAAACAUAGUAAAACAAUCCAACUAGAAGCGCCCUGACACUCACUUUUUAAGACUGCUUUAAAUUACUGCUUGUGGACCAGCACACUUUUUGCUACCUAGUUUGUGUGCUAAUCUAAUCUAGCAGACUGCUGUUUGUUGCUUCAUAUUUACCAACAUGCCAUUGGUGUCAUUUUUUCAUAUAGAAGCUCAUGUGCAUUGUCAAAUCCUUUAAAGCCUCGUCAUUAUUUAAAAUGUUUUGCCAUGUCCAUGAUGUAAAAGGAAACGUAUCUGUAAAGCCUACGGGGGAUGGGAAAUGAAUGUCCAUGUUUGUGUGUAAUUUCUGGGAGUUGUUAACAUUUUGCACAUGAAACGCCUCAUGACUUUCCAAAUUACUCUUUAAUUUGACUUUGCACAUAGAUAUGUUUAAAGGGGAGGAAGGGAACAUACAGCUGUCUUUUCUACCCUGCCUCUCUGACAUCAAAAGCAUGAAUCUGUUGGGUGACAACAGCUAUUCCCUGCCCUCAGUGUAACCCUUCUUCUCACAUGAGCCGUGGUACGACAACAACUCAUUUAUUUUCAACCCUCGGAGAUGUACAGACAAUAUCACUGUCCUCAAUCCUGCUGGGUUACAUCGGACAGUCUCUUGCUCCGCUCCAGUUAUCUCUCAACACACUGAAAUGUACUAAAAAUAAAUAAAAUGUGACUUAA